UUUGCUAUUGCUGUCCACUCCCCUUAUGCAGAUCACAGCUUUCCCCCACCCAACAUCUCCCUUCACCCCGAGGAACGUGUGGGGACAGGGACCAAUGUCACCAUCCGCUGCUGGAACAAGGACUAUGGGGCCACCUUCCUCCUGCACAAGGAUGGGUGCUCCGCCCCGGUGCAACGUCAGGACCCUGAUGAUGCUGGCACGGCCUCCUUCACCUUCUUUGGGGUGGCCCUGGCAGACUCCGGCACCUACAGGUGCUCCUCCCACCCCUGGCAUUCCCCCUUUCUGUCCUCACCCCUUGGGGACAGUGUGACAUUGGAGGUGACACCCACACCUGCACCCCCAGGUGCUGAGUUGGUGUCCCAUGGGAACCUGGUGGUGGCAGAGCUGAGGGGCUGUGCUGCUGCCCUCGUUUUUGCCCUUGGCAUCUUCUUUGUCAUCAUCGAUGCCCGCAGCCUCUGGAUACGGAGAGAUGAGAGUCUGGAUGGGGAAGGGAUUUAAUGGUUUUGAUCUCCU